UGAUUUGUUUAAAUUGUUCUUAUUUUUUCUAAACUAGAGUCUAUUCUAAUCAAGGAGAUUACAUAAAUAGAUCGGCUAUUCUAAACUACAGUCUAUUCUAAUCAAGUUUUUCUAAACUAGAGUCUAUUCUUAUUUUUUCAUGAAGUUCAGUUGAUUUGUUUAAAUUGUUCUUAUUUUUUCUAAACUAGAGUCUAUUCUAAUCAAGUUUAGCAUAAUUUGCACAAAAUUAUGAUAGAUUCUUGAAGAUAUAAUGCUAUUCUUGAAUUAAAAUUGUGCCUUUGUCUAUUAUCUAUAUAGAAAUGUAGUAAAAAUAAAGUUUGCAAUAGUGGGUAUUUGAAUUGCCUUCCAUUAAAUGAUUACACAUAUCUUUUGUUGUUGUACCCAUUUAAGAGGUUUAUAAGUAGUACAUAAAUUGUAAUUUGGUGCUCUUUGGUGUUACAUGAAGCCAAUUAUUGUACAUUAUUCUACAAAGUGUAAGCAAUAAUGUUUUCGCUUUUCAGUUCAUCUCUCAUUUGUUAUAUGAGAUUUUGUAAUCUAUGUAACUGGAGUAAUUUCACUGAAAGGUCGUCAUGUAUUAAAAAAAAUGGUACGUUUCAUGAUUCAGAGAUCAGUUUAAGCAAUGGAUAUCAGUGCCGGCUUACUACUAGCAGUUUCAUUUGGUGAUGAAGAUCCUAAUACGUAUCCAGAUUUAGAGGGCAUUGGCAGAGGAAUAACUGAUAAGUUGCAGAGAUUCCCUCUGGCAGCAUAGUUGGUUGGAGGAGCAUUAAGAGAGAAGCUAAAUUGCGAGUACUGGAUGAGCAUUUUACAAAGCGAAUCAUUGGAAUUGGAUAAGGCCUUUGCACCUUCAGCAAUGCUUUUCUUAUUGUUCGGUUUUUUCCAAAGGUUAUGCAUUUGACAUUGAUAAACUAAUCCAAAUAUGGAUGGCUCAAGGACUGAUUCUAAUGGAGGAUAAUGGAAAGGAAUACUUUGAUCACUUACUAUCCAGGUCAUUCUUUGAGCAACUACCUUUGCAGUCUAUAUGUUUUGAUGACAUUUUAGUUUAUAGAGGUAGGAAAUUGGAUGGAACUCGAAGAGAUGUCUGCUACUUGUCUCUUUCAUUAUGGGAUGGCCUUAAUUCAGAGUUAGAGUGGAAGAAUCUGCAGACCCUUAUUAUUAACACAAAGCAUUCCAUACAGUUUUGAGGUUCUGAAAAUAAUUCAAGUGCUAGAUUUAUCUCACAGUUAUAUGACGCAGUUGCCUGAUUCUAUAGGCGAUCUUAUACAUCUCCGCUACUUGAAUCUCUAUGGAAACUACAUUUGUAGUUUACCCAAAUCAUUGUGCAAGCUUUACCAUCUUCAGUCACUAAUACUGCCUCACAACUUGCCCAAAGGAAUCACAAAUCUAGUCAAUUUGCGUCAUCUCAAUGCAAGCAAGGUAGCAAUUUCAUGGAUAGCUGGAAUUGGUAGACUCGCACAUCUUCAAGGAUUGAAGGUAUUCCAUAUUAGAAGGGUGAAGGGUCAUGACGUAGCACAGUUGAAGGGCAUGAAGGAGCUUCAAGGGUCCCUUUGUAUUAAAUGUCUUGACAAUGUAAAAAGUAAGGAUGAUGUACUUGAAGCCAAGUUAGAGGACAAAAUCCAUUUCAGAGAGCUUCAAUUGAAGUGGAUGAGUUGGAAUCGUAAUCGCAAUCCUGAUACUCACAAGGAUGUACUUGACCACUUAAAGCCGCCUUUAGGUCUCAAAGAGCUUGAAAUUCACUGGUUUGAAGAGCAUGAAGCCCCGGGUUCAAGAUAAUUUUUUACUGAGAUCAUUACUUCAAUUUCAGAUAUUAAAUUUGGGAAGGAUGGGAGACACAUUCUGAGCCGUGAUUACAUGACUCUUAAGGUUGAAGCUUCUCAGCUUUUUAGCAAUAAGUUUUCAAUUAUUUCCUUUUCUAAAUCAGUAAGGAAUAUAAAGUCUGUUUUCUGAUAUUGCAUCAUGAUAUAUGUUAAUGCAUUCUGUUCGUUAUCUGCUACCAAGAUUGAUAAUUGCCUUCAUUUCUGCUGUUGCCACCUCUCACACAGACAUUUGUGAUAUACUUAAAUAAUGAAAACAUAAAAUAACAUUGGAUUUUCGGUCUAAAAGUCUUGUUAAACAAGGUUUUAUAUACAUUGUAGUGAUUCGAUAUAGGGAUUCAGGCUAAAGAUCUCUCUCGCUGUGUGUGUCUGCUCGCCCAUGUGUGAGUGCACACACACUUGCCCACUUUCAUGUGCAUCUGUCUUUUUUCUUUUCUAAACUUUAACUUGUGCCCCAAUGUUCUUACACGUGCACAAGAACAAAAGUCCUUCUACAAAUCUUUGGGGUUGGCUGUUUGAGUUGUUUUCCUGCUUUCACAUUCAUAACUGCUGACUGCUGCUAUCUAUGUAAAUGUUCUCCUUUAUCCUGACUGCUGCUAUCUAUGUAAAUGUUCUCCUUUAUCCUGACUGCUGCUAUCUAUGUAAAUGUUCUCCUUUAUCCUGACUGCUGCUAUCUAUGUAAAUGUUCUCCUUUAUCCUGACAUGGUAUUGUCAUUGAAAAGAAGAUGGGAUUGUUCAUGGAUGUCCUCAUGGUUCAAAGGCAUUUUGGGUUACUUGCAAUGGCAUCUUGCUAACUUUCAUUGUUCUUGAGCUCAAUGGCAUUUUGUUUGCAACUUUGCAUCUUGUUAACUUCUGUUGUGAACACUGCAUCAUAUUGGUAAUCCUUCCUUGUU